UAGUAUUUGCCGGAAGCAGCUAAAAUUCUAAUAAGAAAAGAUAAUCGUAUCCCUGAACUUACGGAAUAUGAAUGACAAAGGAGAUAUAGACUUAGGAAAAAGUUGGUAUGAUCUGAAAACUGAAAAAUCACAGAGACUGGAUUCCUGAUUAUCUUUAAAACGAUUUAAGUCAUGAAAUUUUAUGUCCAUGUAAGUAUGCACUGACCUCAACAGCGUGUCUGUCACCACAAUGGCACAAACGAAAACAGAAAAUGUCAGCCACCCCAUGUUACUUGACUUUAAUGAAGUUUUAGGAGAACAUCUUUACAGUAAGGUACUUGAAUCAUGUAGAUGCGAGUAUCUUGCUCAGAAGAUCACAGGAAUAUUACUAGAAUGUGGAAAGGAAGAAGCCUUUCAUUUGUUGGAGGAUAAACAUUUCCUUGGGACAAGAAUCCAUUUGGCAAAAGAGACUUUGAAGGAAAGUGGAUCUUAUAUAGUGGAAAAUGAAUCAGUCAAGGCACUUCCAGCUUCAGAAAUUCUUCCCACUGCUGUGUCUGAUAAGUUAUUUGAAAAAGUCAGUCAACUGGAGCCAACACUAUCUAGUCAAAUCACAGGUAUGCUACUGGAAACAGAGUCUGUGGAAGUGGAGCUGAUGCUACACAAUGCCCAGUUCCUGAAGCAGGCUGUAGAGCAAGCAGUACAGUCACUGACAGCUGCGGAGGCUGAGGCAGCUGAGGAAGUAUCUGAUAAUGACAGUGAUGAGGGAUCAGACUCAGAAGAGUCUGUAGGAGACCAGUUAUUUGAGGCAGUGGAAAACAUUUACCCAGAUCCUGACAUAGCUUCAAAAAUUACAGCAACACAGCUUUACAUAGACAUGAAAAGUGACUAA